GAGAGAGGCGACAACGUUGGUUAUCAGACUCUAUCAAAGUGACUAGUCCAGAAAGAACCACAGUGAAAUCAUGCAGAAAGGAAAGCAAAAGAAGGUUGACUGGAUAAAGUACAUGUCAGACAUAGUUCCUCCAGAAGUGAGACCCAAACCAGUCGUCCCAGCCAAGCCCCCAAAUGUGGGGGCUCCUUCCCCCUCCAACCCCUUCCCACCCCAGGGCCUGGGCAUUGGGGGAGGAGGCGGUGUUUCAGCUCCUCCUCCAAGUGCCAUUCCAGUCCCCAUUGGGACUCACAGUCAUAGUGUGGGUCAUAAUGUGGGUCAUGGUGUGGGCCACGGUGCGGGGCAUGUAGGGGGUCACACUGCAGCACACAAUGGAGGUCAUGCUCAUGGAGGGUCCCACAGCUCCAGCGGUGGAUCCACUCUGCUGGGGUACAUUGGUAUUGACACUAUCAUUGAGCAGAUGAGGAAGAAGACCAUGAAGACAGGCUUUGACUUUAAUAUUAUGGUUGUCGGUCACAGUGGUCUCGGAAAGUCAACUCUGGUGAACACCCUGUUCAAGUCCCAGGUGAGCAGGAGGAACGCAGGGUGGGCGCGUGAUGAGAAGAUCCCCAAAACGGUAGAGAUCAAAGCAGUGUCUCAUGUCCUUGAGGAGGGCGGUGUGAAGAUGAAGCUGACAGUCGUUGACACUCCAGGCUUUGGAGACCUAAUCAAUAAUGACAACUGCUGGGAGCCCAUUUCCAAGUACAUCAAUGAGCAGUAUGAGAAGUUCCUAAAGGAGGAGGUCAACAUCACCAGAAAGAAGCGCAUCCCCGACACCAGGGUGCACUGCUGUCUGUUUUUUAUAAACCCGACUGGACACUCUCUUCAUUCACUCGACCUCGAGUUCAUGAAGCGCUUGAGUCACUCAGUCAACAUUAUUCCUGUCAUUGCAAAGGCAGACACGAUGACCAUUGAGGAGAGACAGGAGUUCAAACAGCGGGUAAGGAAGGAGCUGGAGAUGGCCGGGAUUGAGUUUUACCCACAAAAAGAGUUUGAUGAGGACAUGGAGGACAAGAGCGACAAUGACAAGAUCAGAGAGGCGAUGCCCUUUGCUGUGGUGGGCAGCGACAAAGAAUAUCAAGUGAAUAACAAACGAGUUUUGGGGAGGAAGACGGCGUGGGGCAUUGUAGAAGUUGAAAACCCCAACCAUUGUGAGUUUGCUCUGCUGAGAGAUUUCCUGAUCAGGUCUCACCUCCAGGAUUUGAAGGAGGUCACUCACAACAUUCACUAUGAAACCUAUCGUGCCAAGAGACUGAACGAGAAUGGAGGUCUCCACCCCAUAUCCUCCAAUGACACCCAGGAAAGCAACCUGUAGUCCGUUCAGUCAGAGUGAGACGGAUGGAUGAAUCUACAUAAUAUUGUUAUCAUUGUCACCGCGGCAUCGCUGCAUGCUUGGAAAAUUGGUGUCGUUUAAACAUGUAAUUUCUUCUGAUUCCUAACUCCACCCAUUGUCUUCUACACUUUCUUCCCCACAAACACAUAUCAAACCUCUCUGGUUUAAUUUCAAAGUCAUUCCUAGGAAUAUUUGGAUGAAAGGGGGGCAGUCCCAAAUAAAUAACUUAGUGCCAUUAUAAAACUUUAACUGUAUCGACUGCCAAUGCCUUGUCAUCAAACAGGUAGUAUAAGAUUAGAAAGUGCCACAUUUGUAUGUGUAUAAGAGGCACAUUUUAUGUUUUAGUGUUGUGUAGCAACUGAUGUCUGAAUUCAGACAACAUAUUAAAAUAAUAUAAAAUGUAUGAAACAGAUCAGUGGUUUUAAUAAUUAUUACAUAUUUUUUCCUGGAUUGAGAUUGACUUUGUGACCUAUUUUGUCUGCAACAUGGACACCAUGCACCCAAUUUUAAAGUUAAUCUAAAAGCCUGCAGCAUGUCAUUCAAAGAAAAAUUACUACCCUUUGUUCAUGUUUUUCGUUCUGCUCAGUAGAUUUAAUGCAUUUUCUCCUCACCGUACCCACUGGCCGUUCAUGAAAAGAAUAUUUUAUGACCCAAAAUAAAUCUGACCAAUGGACUAAUCAGUACACCUGAUAUUAAGUGAACACAAAACCUUUUUAAAAAUAUAAUUUUUUGUUUGAUGUCUUGCACAAAGUUUUUUGUGAACAAAGCAGAACUCUGAUGUGGUGACCAGUAAUUGUGUUAAUGCCAUUUUAAAAUUAAGUUCAUAUUGUUCACCACUCGGGGGCAGCACUCUGCCACGUAUAAGCAUUGACUCGGUAGAACAAGAAAUAGGCACUUUGUGUCCUCAGACAUUCCGACUGCUGAGAUUUUUAGGAACUUUUCAUAGUGCAGUGUUAUUUCCUGAUAAAGUUUGGAUCCUCCACUACUGUCAGUGAUAACUAAUAUAUCUCUUCAGAUCAGGUUUACAAAAAGCUUUAAUUCUAUUACCCUAAUUGUAUGCACUCAAAGUGUUAUUUAUUUCAAAUCAAUUUAAUUUAUUAAUUUGUAAACAUGUUUACCAAGUUUUCUUCAGGAAAUCAACAUUUAUACUGUUCUGCCAUGCAGUGUCUGCAGUACAGCACAAAUAUGCCAAAACUACAAGUAAUUCAAUCUUUCGAUAUCUAUCAAGCUUUAUUUGGUUUAAGUUUAAUUAUCAUUUUAUACAAUCAUACACGUUUGUGCGAUUUUGAUUGAAGUGUGAUGUCUGCAACAAACUGAUAAUAGUUGUCUGUGAUUUUAGUGCAGUCAAAGGUUUCAAGCAGAAAUUUGAAACUGUUUAUGUGCAUGCUUGUGUCCAUAUUGCCUCACACAUCACCGCAACUUUACAUCAACUUAUCAACUAUUUCUGAAUGUGUGAUGUGUUCAUUAAAUUGCUAUUUCAUGAGGUCUUAACUCUUGUAACUAAACCGACAGCCCACUGUCCACAUAUCACUCAUCCCUUUGAACCAGUAGAACUUCACAAUGUUCAUUUAUUUAAUAACCAUUUUUCUCAAAGUUGCUGUGACACAUUGAUAUAAUUGUCAGCGUUAUACUGAGUUAUUUAUACAUUAAUGUCUUAUUAUUGUAAUUUAUUCUUUAUUUAAUAAAAGCACAUUCCCAUGUUUUUUUUUAAA